AUGGCUACCCCGCUCAACCGUAUCAUUAUCGACACUGACCCGGGCGUGGAUGAUAUUCUGGCUUUGCUAUUAGCAUUUGCUGCAAGCCCCGAAGAGCUUGAGAUUUUAUUGAUCUCUGUUACGUACGGAAACGUCGAGCUUCAAAGCUGCUUGCGCAAUGUGGUAGCUCUCUUUCAUGUCAUUGAGAAGGAAUUAGAAUGGCGAAGGGCCCGGGGACAAGUGGAGGGGUUUGGAACGAUGCACGCCUCAAAGCCUCUCGUUGCCGUCGGUGCUGAUCAUCCUUUAGAGGACGAACUGCUUAAGGCGGACCACUUUCAUGGCAUCGAUGGUUUGGCUGGUGUCCACGCAUCGCACCCCCAUUUAUCACCGUCCGAUACAUGGAAAACUCUAUUUCAACCCCCACCAGAAAGUGCUAGCCCAGAAGAAAUAGCUGCGGCUCGAGAACUUGCUUCUCCAUCUUCAGCUUUCAGGGCUUCUCAGGUGCCUGCACAUAAGGAGAUUCUGCGUCUCCUCCGCGAGAACCCACGUGACACAAUCACGAUUGUCUCAGUUGGACCCUUGACCAAUCUCGCACUCGCCGCUGCGGAGGACCCCGAGACGUUUUUGAAAGUCAAGGAAGUGGUUGUAAUGGGUGGUGCUAUCGAUGUUCAAGGUAACAUUACUCCUGUUGCAGAGUUCAAUACUUACGCAGAUGCCGUGGCCACUGCCCGUGUCUUUGCAUUAACCUCUCCGAAUCCUGCAUCGACGAUGCCACCACUGCCGAGCAAGAUCUCCGCCUUGCCACCUUAUCCAAAGAAUCUGUCCAGAACCUUAAAGCUCACGCUAUUUCCUCUCGAUGUCACCACUCCCCACCAAAUUCACAGAUCACAAGUUACGGCCAAGCUUAACCCUCUAAUUGCGGCUGGGAGUCCGCUGGCAGAGUGGACUGCAGCAUUUGUUCUAAAGACAUUUGAGAAGAUUGAAUCCCUUACCCGGGUCCAAGCAGACCCUGGCUUAGAGCUACAUGACCCUCUCUGUAUUUGGUACAUGUUAACACGCUCGGCACCGUCAUGGAUGCUUGCCCCGAAGGCCCCAGAAGAUAUUCGAGUCGAGACCGCAGGUCAAUGGACCCGAGGAAUGCAUGUCAUUGACCGACGAAUGAGGAAGAAGAAAGGUGUUGAUCCAGCUCUGUUACAGGUGAAGAGCCCUGGAGCCUUGGAUAUUGCAAACCCCCUAGAAGCUCUUACUGUUGAUAACGUUGAUGGGGAAGACGGUGAUGCCCCAGGAGACAACGGCGGAUGGCUGGAUGCUAGAAAGGGAAACAGAAUUAACAGAAUCAUCAGUAGCCCCGGCGAAGAUGCAUUUGGGCAUUACUUGCUGGAGCGUAUCUUCGGCUGA